AAAACUAAGGGGAGGGGUAAAGGAGGUGUGUGGGGGGCGGGGGGGGUGUCUAGCCUAUGGAGGUCGAACCUUCCAGGGGAAUCUUCUAAUGAUCUUAGGGUAGCUUAACUGGCUGGAUCCUGCCUCCACAAUGUCCCUCAUGUCCAGGAGCUGAGGCAGAGCUGACUAAGCAGAGGAAAGGGAGAAGAUUCCAGUCUAAGGAAUCAGUUGACAGAAGUCUGGGAAAAGGCCCUGGUUCCCUGAGUUUCUGGUGGCCAGGAUGGGGCAGCAGUUCAGCUGGGAGGAGGCAGAGGCCACUGGCGAGAUGGACGUGGCGGCGCUCCAGGAGUGGUACAAGAAGUUUGUGGUGGAGUGCCCCAGUGGCACACUUUUCAUGCAUGAGUUCAAGAGAUUCUUCAAGGUCACAGGCAAUGAGGAGGCCAGUCAAUAUGUAGAGGGCAUGUUCCGAGCCUUCGACAAGAAUGGGGACAAUACCAUCGACUUCCUGGAGUACGUGGCAGCACUGAACCUCGUGCUGAGAGGCACCCUGGAGCACAAGCUUAAGUGGACUUUCAAGAUUUAUGACAAGGACCGCAAUGGCUGUAUUGACCGUCUGGAGCUCCUGGACAUCGUGGAGGCGAUAUACAAGCUGAAGAAAGCCUGCAGGAUAGAGACCGAGGGCGAGCAGUACCAGAUGCUCACACCUGAGGAGGUUGUGGACAGAAUCUUUCUUCUGGUGGAUGAAAAUGGAGAUGGCCGGCUGUCCCUGAAUGAGUUCAUUGAGGGUGCCCGCCGAGACAAGUGGGUGAUGAAGAUGCUGCAGAUGGACAUGAACCCUGGCAGCUGGAUCUCUCAGCAGAGGCGGAAGAGUGCCAUGUUUUGAGGGCCUUGGGGUCCUGGGAGCUCAUUAGGAGUCCACAGGCCCCUCCCAGACCGCAGUCUCCCCAGGGCUGUCAGGGUAGCAAUGGUGCUGGUUGUGCCUGUCUACACCCAUUCUGCUACUGACUUGGCUUCCUGGUACCCCCUAUGGACACGGGGUGGGGUGACUGGGCCACGGAGGGGCUGAGGUGGCCAAGGGGGCAAACAGUCCAUUUAGGAGGACUUGCUGGGGCAGUGAAGCAAAUGCUCACUCUUCCCUUUCAGUCACUACAAGGAGCACUCUGCCUUGGAUGCGAGGGACUUCCGGAGUCAUUCUGGGCUCUCAGUGGGAAUCAAGAACAUUCUGGGCACAGGGGUGGGGAUGUGCGGUGGGGGAGAGUUAGGGGGCACCUACAUGGUAUGAGGCAAAGGUUAGAAGAAGGGGCUUAAAGGAGUUAAGUCUGAAGAAAAAACAUAGAGAUGGAUAAUGAUUCCAGACAACAGACAGUGACCACCCAGAGUCCUCAGGAGCAGCCAUGGAGGAAGGACUCAUGCCUCUUCGCCCCCCCCCCCCCCCCCAUGAUGGCCUCACCAGGUGUCAGCAAGGGAGAACAGUAGCUCUUGAGGCUGCGGUCUUGCUGUCCUCAGAAGGGGAGGGCUGUGUCUCAGUGCAACUCCCCCCACCAGCGGCUGCCAGCAGCCCCCGGUCUACCCCUCCUCGUCCACAUCCACCUCUCCAGACCUCAUAUCUAAUAGUGUGGUCUUUCUAGGAUCCCCAACCACAAGCUGAGCAAGUCUUCUUACAGGAGAGCAAGGCCUGCUCCUGUUUCUGGGGAAAAGUGGGCCUAUUAGGCAGGGUUUUGACUCCAGUUGCCAAGAGACCCAAAGGGACUGUUUCUCUUCCCUGCCCUUGAUUAUCCCAUCCACACAGAUGAUCAAGUUGGAUGAGGCAAGCAGUCUAGAGUGUUAUUUCCUUUUUAGAUGUAGAAGCAAUUUUGUUAAACUCUAUGCAACCUCACUGUAGGAGAUAGUUUUAAAAGGAAGUAAUUUAGGCUGAAGGAGGAGGGCAGCUGAGGAACUCAUUUGAAUUGUGAUGAUUCUAUCUUGAUGUAUGAAAAAAAAAACUUAAAAACUUUAAAAAAGUAAAUAAAUAAAACUUGAAGUAUCAAAUCUGCAAGUUCGAAGAUGUACUCUUUGUAUGCAGUUUACUUGAAAAAAAAAUUCAGAGGGAUUAGGUGGCGGUGCACCUUGUUGAAUACAUAUAUUAUAAUGUGCAAGGACCUGGGUUCAAGACCCCAAUCCCCAUCUGUAGAGAGGCAGCUUCAGGAGCAGUGAAGCAGUACUCCAGGUGUCACUCUGUCUGUCCCUCCCUUUUUCUCCCCCUUCCCCCUUGAUUUUUAUCUGUCUCUAUCCAAUAAGUAAAUAAAUUAUUUUAUUUU